GAUCAGGAUGAAGCCUUCGAGGAUGGAGAUGCGCGGGCUUUCCUGGAGGAGUUCGAAGACGUCGCGGAGCUGGAGGAAAUAUGGUCGGACCGGGGUAAGUUGACGGCCCUCCGAGCGCUUCUCGAGGGCCGGGCGCGGGCGGUGUUGGAUGCUGCGCGAAGAGGCCCGGAGAAGAUGAAAUAG